UCUGCGACAGCGCAACUCAAGUCAUGCUUGUAGAUGUGUUCAAGUUCGGGAUAUAUUGUGAUUUUGGAGAGACAGAAGCUGCCUUUUGGUUAAGCAUUAAGCAAAAUUAAUUCAGCGGUUGUAUUCAAGGGGUGUCGACGAUCUGUAAAGUAUACUACAGCGUGAUAAACCUGUUUCUUCUGACUUUUUGAAUCGACAAGGUUAGCUGGCUAGUUUCAUUUAAAGGUCAUUGAAUCAUGUUAAUUGCAAAGCUGUAAUUAAUCCACAUUAAGUUCUCACUAGCCCAGAAGUUAAAUACAUAACAUGGGCUCCACUUAUCUAUUGAAAGUAAGAAUAUUUUUGAAACCCUUGACACCUUUUCUUCACAAUGGAAGUUCGUCCCUUUCCACACCGAAGACUUCGGUGCGUGAAUCACAGCUGCCUCUCUCUGUUCGCUUUCUGUGCACAAGAGAUUCUAAAGCAAACACAAGUAGCAGACAGACAAAAAUAAAAAACAGUGGACAAAGUGUUGAGAGAAAAAAUGCAGUCAGGCGCAGAGAAGAGCUAUUGUGGGAUAAUGAUGGAUUGGGAAGAAGUAAGACCCCCACUCUUCGUCAGAGGCCUUCCUUCCCCAAAUCUGUGUUUGCUGCUGGGACAGCAAAGAGGACAGCGGAAAUGUUCAUGAGGAAAUCAGCUCUGGGCUCUCAAAAUGAGGGGCAGCAUGCUGAGGAGGCUGAAGCGAGAACUAGAACAGCAGAGAGGAUACAGCCUCCGGACCGGCCACUCUCGGCUGCAGAUUGGAAGAAGUUGAAGGAGUCUUUGGGAAAUUCAGAACGUUUUGUCAUCCAGAUGAUGGGUGUGCUCUUUCACGCUGGUGCAGAUCUUGAUAUUGCAAAAUCCCUGCUGACUUUUGAAGCCAUAGAAACAGGAACACUGUCUUAUGAAUUGCUCCUGCGGUACCUGACACUCUGUGUGAGCGGUGGCCAUGAUAAUGAGGUGUUUGAUGUUUAUGACAUUAUGCGAGGAAGUUUCCCUUCUCUGGAGACGGGCGCCUCUAGUCUCUUUAUCAAGUCUUUCAGCCGGACAGCAAGGUGGAGGGAGGCUAUUGUCAUCCUGCACGAGCUUAAGAAGGUCUUUAUACCAUCCCAACGAAACUACAGUGAUGUUAUCACAGCAGCGAUGCUUCACAGUGACAAAACUACUGCCUGGGCUCUUUAUGAUGAAUCAAUAGAAAAAGGUCUGAGCCCAAUACAGGAGACCUGGGAUGCUUUGUUUAAGGGUGAAAGGCAAACUGGUAAAGAAAAAGGGAUCGAGGCACAGGGCAUGUCUCAGGCUGAGAUCCAGGAAAGGUUGUUUGGGAUUCUGCUUAACAUGAGGAACAACCAGAUCUACCCAGAACAGAGCCUGGCUAGCAGUAUCAAGACCUGGUUCGAGAGCCUUCCAGAGGAGAAAUGGACAGGAAGCUGGACCACUGCUCCCCUAAAGGGUGUUUGUGGGUGCUGUGGAUCUGCGUUAGAGUCCAUCCAGCUGACAGACGAGGAGUACCAUCAGCUGAAAGGCAGAGUGAUGUCCGACAUCAUUGAGGGCAAAGAUGUUUUUAAAAAGACUACACCGGAGGAGUUGCAGAGGUUCAAGGCAUUUGUGAAAAAGAAGCCCGCUUUCGAUGUGGUCGUGGAUGGACUGAAUGUAGCAAAUUUAAACAAGGACAAGAGCAAGCAGUCAGAGACGUUGUUGGCGGUGGUGUCAGAGCUGCAGAGUCAGGGUCUUUCUGUUCUGGUGUUGGGGAGGAAACACAUGCUGCGUCCCUCCAGAUUCUGGGAGAGAUGUAAUAUGGACCUGAUCAGACAGAAGGCUCAUUGCUUCUUCACUGAAAACAUCUCAGAGGAUGACCCCUUCUUGCUGUAUGCCACUUUGCAUUCUGGGAAUCACUGUAAAUUUGUGAGUAGGGACCUGAUGCGUGACCACAAAGCCUGCCUGCCAGACGGGGCCACCAGACAGCUUUUCUUCAAAUGGCAGAGGGGCCACCAGCUGGUAGUAGAUGGAUUUGUUGCAUUGGGUAGGAGAGUCCGAUUUCAGAGUAUUCCCAGCUAUGACACCAUUGUUCAGCACACAGCAGACUCAUGGCACCUUCCCUACGAUGAUACGGAGGACAGGAGCAGCUAUGAAGUGCCACAAAGAUGGCUCUGCCUUGCCAAAAAGCACUGACACGUUAAAAACUUGUGGUUCAAUUGUCAUUUUUUUCAGCUGUAAA